CUCUCUCUCUCUCUCUCUCUCUCUCUCUCUCUCUGUUCCCAAUGACGAAGAGCAUGGGUGAUCAUGAUGAAGCGAAGAAGAUGGGAUGGAGCGAGGGAGGACGAUAAUGGCGGUGGCGAUGAUGGGCGCAGGAGGGGACGAUGAUGAGAGCAACGCGAAGAGGAACAAGAACCCCAUCUUUCACGACUUCUUGGGGAUGAGCGGUGAGGAUGCGAUGCUCCCCCCGCCCUCUUCGUGGACGAAGAGCGCCGGGGCGUCGGCGGCGGCGGCGCCGGAGGCUGAGGUCUCGCCGGCGGCUUCUUCCGGCGGGUUAGGGUUUGCUUCCGGGAGCUCCGUAAUGGGUUCGGAUUUGGUAGAGAGGCAUGGGGGGAACAAUUCUGAGGUUUUUCACUUUCAUGGUAGGAAGACUGCUUUACCAGGGGUUGAGGUUUGUAAGACCUUUUCAGGAAGGAAGAGGAACAACUCGGACUCAGCUUACACGAGUCUAAUUAAAGAUAGGAUGCUUCCGCUGGGUUCAGAUUCUCUUGAAAGUUCACGAAUUCACAAGGCAUUUGGAAAGGAGUUCGUUGGGGAGCAGUCGAGAAGAUCAUGUGUUGAUGAAAUCACCUUUUCCAUGCAGCCUCCACAAAGGCCAUCUUCUCUUAUACUAUCUCCUAAUUUUAGAUGUGACCGGUCUGUGCCCAUGAGUUCUGGGAAAUUAAUCCAUUAUCCUUCCCGAUUUGGGCAAAACAGGGCUUGUGGAGAUAAAGUUUCAUCCCCGUUUACGUAUAGGGAUGCUAAUAGCAUGGGUGCCACGAUUGUUUCUCAACCUGCGGCAGAUGAAGGUUCUAGAACGGGAAUUAAAGGUUCUGGAGUCUUGAAGAUUACAGAUCCAGGAAGCCAGGCUGGUGACAGGAGCAUUACUACGUUGUUACCUUCUAGCACUACGCUGAAGAUUGCUAAGACCCUCCAACCUGAGUCAUCUAAUUCACCCAGUCAUCACCUGAAAACAUCUGGUGGUCGGCAAAUGACCAUAUUCUAUGCUGGUCAAGCACAUGUCUUUGAUAAUGUCCAUCCAAAUAAGGCAGAUGUGAUAAUGGCAUUGGCUGGAUCAAGUGGAAGUUCGUGGUCAACCACCUAUGCCCUAGGGUCUGAAGCCCGGCCAUCUGCAGGUGAAGCUAAAGUUCCUGGUGGAGAAGUUGAAGUGCAAGCAAAUAGCUUACUACCAUCCACCCAUGGACAUUUGGAACCUGCUUGUAUUCAGGUCCCACCAACUCCAGGGGUUCUUCAUGGUAGCAUGCCACCCAUUCCAGCAUCAGAACCCAACAAGGAGAGCAAAACGGAUGUAUAAUACUGUGUGCACGAGUCGCAAAAUCGCGCUCUAGCUUACUAGUUUGGGAAUCUGAUUUUCUCGUCGCAGCUUCUUUACCUAUAUCAAUGUAAGUUGUAGACCUCUAGUUAGCUGAUCUUUUUCAGGUAGGUAUUAAAUGUAUGUUAUGCUUUCCUUUUUUCUUUACUGAAAUUCGGCCCUAAUGAAUGUGUAAUUGCCUCCUUGUUUCAGUUGAAGGCUUCUACUUUAAAUCUAAUUUCCGUUUUGUAUUGUUUC